AUGCUCCGCCCGCGCACCGCCAGGGCGGCACUGUCCGCCCUGCCACGCAGGCCGUGGACGUGUCCAGCAUGCCUGUCCCGCCGCCCCUACUCUCAGAAGAAACCCGCCGCGCCCACACCGUCCGCAACCGACCCCCCGGACCACAGGAAGCUGGGCGUCCAACAGGAGCUCUUCAUGACCUCGGUCUACAGCCCCGGGUCGCCAAUCUUCCUCCCCAACGGCGCGCGCAUCUUCAACCGCCUCGUCGACUUCCUGCGCAGGCAGUACGUCCGCUAUGGCUUCCAGGAGGUCAUCACGCCGACAAUCUACAAGAAGGCGCUGUGGGCAAAGUCGGGCCACCUCGAGAACUACGCAGACGACAUGUACUCGGUGACCGGGAACGCGAAAAAGGACGAGCCUGAGCGGACAGGGUGCUGCGACGGCGAGCAUGCCCAUGAAGAGGACGCCGACGACGAAUACGGCCUCAAGCCGAUGAACUGCCCCGGCCACUGCCUCAUCUUCAAGUCGAAGCUGCACAGCUACCGAGACCUUCCCGUGCGAUACGCCGACUUUAGCCCCCUGCACCGAAACGAGAUUUCCGGCGCGCUAUCGGGGCUGACGCGGGUGCGCCGGUUCCACCAGGACGACGGGCACAUCUUUUGCCGGCCGAGCCAGGUGGAAGAGGAGAUCAAGAAGACGCUCGACUUUGUCCGAGUCGUGUACGGCGUGCUGCGCCUCGGCGUCAGCUACAGACUCGCGCUAUCUACACGGCCAAAGGAUCACUACAUCGGCACGGAGGAGGAGUGGAACCGCGCAGAGGACCGGCUGAAGAGGGCGCUCGACGCCUCGGGCAUGGACUGGAGCAUCAAUGAGGGCGAUGGCGCGUUCUACGGCCCGAAGAUCGACAUCGUGCUCAAGGACUCGGAUGGCAAGGAGCACCAGACGGCUACGAUACAGCUCGAUUUUCAGCUGCCGAAGCGCUUCGAGCUCGAGUACCAGGCGCCGGCCCCCGAGUACGAAGCUCGCGGCGAGACGACCGAGGACCCGGCCCUGCUCGCCGAGUACGGCCCCGUGCGGCCCGUCAUGAUUCACCGCGCCGUUCUCGGCUCGGUAGAGCGCCUGAUGGCUCUGCUUAUCGAGUCGUACAACGGCAAGUGGCCUUUUUGGCUCAACCCGCGCCAGGCCAUUGUCCUUACAGUCAACACGUCCGAGCCGGUCUUGGAUUGGGCCGACGAGGUUCGCGACGUCUUGGUGGGAAUCAAGAGCAAUGGGUCGCACGAGGACUUGGUGAAUCCCACAGGCCUGGCCGUGGAUGUUGAUGCCACGGCACGGUCGCUGGGGUCCAAGAUCCGCGAGGCGCGGUUGGCUGGAUACGGCCAGAUCCUCGUGGUAGGCGAGGACGAUGUCAAGAAUAGACAGGUCAGUCUCGGCAAGGAGAGGAUGAGCCCGGAAGCGAUGCGCGACAGGAUGCGCGCCAUGGUAGAUUCAUUCCAAUAG